AGAGAAUUACAUAUUGAACUGGAGACAUCUGUUUUUUGGACUGACAGCACCACUGUCCUAAAAUACAUCUGCAGCGAAGCAAAAAGGUUUCAUACCUUUGUUGCAAACAGAGUGUCCAUCAUCAGAGAAGCUACACAAGGUAACCAGUGGAGAUAUGUGAGUUCCAAAGAUAAUCCAGCAGAUGAAGCAACAAGAGGGAUGAAAGCAGAAAAUUUUUUGGAGCACAGCAAAUGGAUUAAUGGUCCUGAGUUUCUAAUCGAGUCUGAAAACAGAUGGCCCACGCUGGAGGUAAAGUCUGACUUGCUUCCUGCUGAUGAUUCUGAAAUAAAAAAGGAUGUGAUUGUUAAUGCUAUUGUUGAGGAGGCUAAAAGCCCUACCAGUUUUUUCAUCUCCUACUUCUCAUCCUGGAUGAAGCUAAAAACAUCUGUAGCUUGGGUUUUAAAGCUCAAAGAACUCCUCCUUUGGUUGUCUCAGAAAAGAAAAGAGUUUUCUGCCAUAACGCAUCAGUCUACAGAAGAUUCAAACAUUAAAGAGCAAAAGGUGUCACAAAAGAUGCAGCAGUUUAAAACCAUGCUGAAAAUGCAAUGUUUGACAUCCGAAGAUCUAGCUAGAGCAGAGCAUUUCAUUAUUCUCUUUGAGCAGCAUCACAGGUUUGGACCAGAGAUCAGCUCACUUGGAGCCAACAAGACCGUCUCUAAAGACAGCCGGCUGUACAGACUCGAUCCAGUGGUCGAUAAUGGAGUCCUCAGAGUGGGCGGACGUCUCAGAAGAGCUGCUAUGCCAUCUGAAAUUAAGCAUCCGGUCAUCCUAUGUAAAAACAUGCAUGUGGCAACAUUAAUUCUGCGUUACAUUCACUAUCUGCUUGGUCAUGCAGGAAGAAGCCACAUGUUGUCCAGGCUGCGUCGGAGAUACUGGAUAAUCAGUGCAAAUUCUGCUGCCAGAAAGAUCCUGUCUGACUGUGUCACUUGCAGAAGAAAUAGAGGAAAGGUUUUGGAACAAAAAAUGGCCGACCUGCCUCAGGAAAGGGAAAGACAAAAGUGGAUGAGACUGAGAAGAAACAUCUCUCCUGGAGACAUUGUCCUGAUUGCAGAUGCUACAGCACCCAGAGGAUGUUGGCAGAUGGGGAGAGUCCUGGCAGUCAAAGCUGAUGCAGGAGGCCUGGUUCGCUCAGUGCAACUUCAGACCAAAACCAGUGUGUUGGAGAGGCCAGUGACGAAACUCUGUAUGCUCCUGGAGGCAUCUGCAGACUGAAGACAUUCUUAUUCUUCCCAUUCUAUUCUUUCUUUCUUCUCUUAUAGGUUCAUCAUUAUAAAAAUGAAGAACAAAGAAGAAUUAAUAUCUUUGCAUUAAUGUAGGAUAUUAUUGAGGUUGUUGUUAGAAUAGCUCCUUUAGUUAAAGAUGUAAUUGUGAUUUAAUGCACAAUUAGGGGCUGGAGUGUAGGAGCUAUUUACCAAUUUUCAGUUAAAUCUUAGAAUUUAGAUUACAUAGUUUAUUUGUAUUCUUAUUUGUUUAUUUUCUAGUUGAUUUAUAAUUAGAAUUUUUUGUUUAAUUUGUUAUUUAUAAUAGGUUCUUUGGUUAACGGUUCGCUUAAUUGGUUAGUUAAUUUCAGUUUGGGAUGUGGGUGUGUCAUGGUAUAAAUGGGUAGG